GUCUAGCUCUGCUUGGUAUAAGAGACCUCCAUUCCUGAUAUUGGUCGAUUGCUCGUGUCAUCUUGCUGAUAUCUCGUAUUGUCGGAUUAGUAGCUAUUCCGUUCUUGGGGUGAAUCGUAUUUUAAUCCAACUCAACAUCCCCUGAUCAAUAUCAACCAACUCCAACCCAGCUCCCUCGUACCAAAGGACAAGAACAUACGUUAAAAUGGCGGACGCAAACAAAGGCGCGAACAUCACCCUUUACUGGCUGGAGAAAUCCCGCUCCCAGCGCAUCGUCUGGCUCUUCGAAGAGCUAGGCCUAACCUACAACCUGAAGAUCUUCAGACGGAACUCUGAAAUGCUUGCACCCCCGGAGCUCAAGAAGAUCCACCCUUUGGGCAAGUCGCCCGUCAUCACCAUUGAAACCGAGCACUCCGAGAAACCCCUCGUGCUGGCUGAGUCGGGCAAUAUCACCGAGUACCUGUGCGACCACUUCGGCGGUGACAAGCUCAUCCCCAAGCGGUACGCUGAAGGAAAGGAGGGCGCAGUUGGCGGCGAGACGGAGGAGUGGAUGCGCUAUCGGUAUUUCAUGCAUUAUGCCGAGGGUACCUUGAUGCCGUUUCUGGUGUUUCAGUUGGUUAUGGAUCGCAUGAAGGAUGCGCCCGUUCCGUUCUUCAUCAAGCCCAUUCCUCGAUUCGUGGCGUCGAAGGUGGAGGAGGCUUUCCUUACCAGGAAUAUCUUUGGUAACUUUGAUUUCUUGGAGGAGCGGUUGAAGUCUGCCCCCGGUAGUGGGCCGUAUCUGUGUGGACAGCAGUUGACGGCUGCUGAUAUUAUGAUGAGCUUUCCGCUUAUAGCGGCGUCGUUAAGAUUGCCUCUGAAGGACAAGUAUCCCCACCUGUCAAAAUAUGUGGAGAUGAUUCAGGCGGAGGAGGGCUACCAGAAGGCUGUGAAGAAGGUGGAGGAGAUUGAUGGGACGUUCCAGGCUUCGUUGUAGUUUUUUUGUCUGUCGUGUUUGAUGUGGGAAUUUGAUGUAUGAUUUUUAUAGUGGUCAUGUCUUGUAUCUUGAUGUUUAUGCUAAUGAUCGUGCCGCACGUGCAUAAUUAGUAAUGAGAAUGUUCUAUGGAGUUCAA